AUGUCUUUUCAGCAAGAUGUCCUAAGAACCACAGGUGAAGUGGCUGUGAAAACCACCUUUCUUUUACAGAUUGGGUUUGGGACUGUGGCCAAUGUCAUUCUCUUCUUCCAUAAUGUGUCUCCAAUCUUGCUGGGCCUCAGGAAGAAGCCCGCACACACAGUUCGCACCCACAUGGCCAUGGCCAAUCUCCUGGCUCUUCUCUCCACUGGGAUUCCACACGCCCAGGCGGCUUUUGUUUUGAGGAACCCCCUGUCCAGUCUUGGGUGUAAAUUUGCAUAUUAUAUAAACAGAGUUGCUCGCAGCACCACCCUGUGCUCCACCUGUGUCCUGAGCACCUAUCAGGUCUUCAUUCUCAUCCCUGGGAGUGUGGCGUGGAUGAUCCUCAGAGGAAGAGCCUCCAAGGUCAUUGGUCCUUCCUGUUGUACCUGCUGGAUGUUCAGUUUCUUAUUGCAUAUGUAUAUUCCCGUGAAAAUCACUGGUCCACAAGACAUGGGAAAUGAUACUGACUUACAAAGGAAUUGGUUCUGUUCAUCAUCAAGGUCCGCUACACACCUUGCCACCCUGUGGUCCAUCUCCGAUGCCAUGUUCAUUGGCCUCAUGGGCUUGUCCAGCGGUUCCAUGGUGCUUCUCCUGCACAGACACCGCCAGAGAGUGCAGCAUAUCCACACCCCCAAUCGCUACCACAAAUGCCCUCCAGAGACCAGAGCUUCCCACACCAUCCUGAUGCUGAUGGUCACUUUUGUCAUCCUUUACAUGCUGAAUUCCAUUUUUACUUUUUACAUGACUGCCUUUUUAGAUACUCGUCUAUGGGUGAUGCAGAUCUCUCAUAUUUUUGCUUCAUGUUUCCCCACUUUUAGCCCCUUAUUGCUGAUCCUUAGGGAUUCUAGAGCUCCUAGGUUUUGGUCUUGA